GCGUGCGCAGUAGCAAUCUGUCGCGAUGAGGUCGCCGUCAGGAUCGGGUAAUGACAGCGUGUGUCACACGUGAGUGCGACAGGAGAAACAAAAAUGUUGUCCUUUGACGAACUCCUGACAAGUUUGCAAAACUGUACCGUUACCGAGGAGCAACCGUGUGUUAAUGGAACCCAAAUGCUCGAGAGAUUUUUGGAUAAACUAUCGGAAUGCACCAGGAGUGAUGUUAAAAGGAGCAAGGAACGCAGUUUGGAAGAGGCGGUCCAUCUGCUGAGGAUGGUCACGCUACAGAGCCUGGAACGUGAUCACCGCCAGCUUCUCGUCAGACUUCUUCUCUCGUUGCAGUUGCAGAUGGCCCAUAUCUCCACAGCCUGCAAAAAAGUGGAUAAGAUGUUGCAGCAUCUAGCGAAGUUGGACCAUCGGCUGGUGUUUGCAGAGACCCACUUCUGUUUGAGCUCGAUAGUUAAUGCUGAGCAGAUAUUUACUCAAGAAGACCUUCAGAGAGCCUCUAUGUUCCUGGAGGAUAAUGCUGUGGGUCGCGAUGCUUGGCAGGAACUCUGUCCUUCGUUUCUGAACAAAUUAGCCAAGUACUUCCCUUUUAUACUGCAACAAGAGGACCUGCGAGAUGGGCAGUUGUGUUAUCUUGCUGUGAAGGUUUCUCUCCAGAUAUUUCAGCUGUUAUCAAGAGUAGUGUCUUCUACAGUGUGGGAUGAGAAGGAGGGGAGCCCAGCUAUGCAGAUAAUCUUGCAAACUCUCACAGGAGUAAUGUUUGGACAGAGCAACAACAGAGACACUUGUCUUUUGGCGGGGACCGCUGUGGCCAUGCUCAUCAACACGGCAUCCGAGAGCAGCGCAGGAGCAGCCGCAGCCUGGAAUCUUUUACAGAGCUCGCAUUCAGAGUCGUGCCUGCUGACUGUGGGUGCCCUCCACGUGCAGUUCUGCUCCACAACGGUGUGCGAAUUGGGUUGGCUAGCAAUGAUUAGAGGCCUCCUCACAUGCUGUGGUCCUCAUAUAUUGCUCAGUUCACAUGUGGAGGGUGCAAAGGGCAGCUUGCUUUUUGAUGUUAUGUUUCCUAUGCUUCGUGAUUUGUGUGAGGAGAAGUUGAAUUGUCACUACCUUGCCUUUGAGGUGUUCACACUAUGGCUGAAGAAAGUCAAAGAAUGUGUGUCUGAUAUCUGGAAGAUGAUGGGUGGCCGCCUUUUACCUGAGAGUUGCAGCACCCUGCAGCAACAGCUAAUUUCUAUCAUAUGGACCAGUGCUGAAAGCCCAGUGGAAGGUGUGUCCGACUGCGCUCGCAUUAGCUUUUGCUUGCUGUUGGACCUCUACGACAUGGACUGUGAGCAGUUUGGUGAUACUAAGAAGUCUCUUUAUUUGAUUCUACUGCAACGAAUCCGCAAACUCCCGUGGGAAUCCAAAGCCAAAUGUCAUCGCCUUUGUGCUCUACUUCCGUAUUUGGGAACAGACACGGUACUGGAUCAGUAUGCUGAACUACAAAAUCAUCUCUUGAAGUGCAUGUCAAAGGAUCAUCUGGCUCCAUGUGGUUCAGAGCUAUACAAGUGUCUAAUCCAGCAGCAGAGAAGGGAGCUUUGUGGUGACACACUAAAGUCGGUUUCAGAGUCGGAGCUGAGCAAUCGAUGGGCAGAAUGGUGGCUUUCUGUCCUUCUUGAGGCGCUAACCUCACAUGAAGUUAUUCUUCAACGUAACAGCUCAACACACUUACUCCCCAGCACUUUCCAAGUCUUCCCUUUUGCUGUGGAGCCAUUGCUGGCCUCCCUGGACCCCUAUUCAUCAGGCCACCUCUGCGCCUGGGCGUGCAUCAUGAGCAGCUACCGGGCUGUGACUGGGGGCUCUCCAUGGGCUCUUCAGGGGAGCUCCACCAUGAAAAUUCUUCAUUUAGCCCUGGGCUCUGCGGAUGACAGAGUCCGGCUUGCCUCUGUAAACCUGCUGUGUUGCAGUCCCAAGACCAAAGACACCCCGACACCAGAAGAACUGGGAAUAAUGAAGACCUUCAUUACUCAGAACUUAAACUCCGAGUCUUCACUUUUUCGACAACAUUUUCAAACAGCAGUGAGAAGAUUUUUGGUUCGGAUCAGAGAUGGCUGCUUGGCACGCAUCAGACAAAAGGAUAAGGGGGACGCCAGCCAGAUGCAAAGCGCUGAGAAAAUGCUGGACCUUGGUAUAGAUUUUGUAGACUGGUUGAGUCAGAUGGUUUGCUGCAAUCUGACUCCAGAUCACAGUUACCAGAGGAAGAAGACUGUUUUAUUGUUGCUCUCUGCAUUGCUAGAGACUUGCACAGACACGUGGAGCCCUGACAAGAGAAAAGGACAACCACCUGUGAACAUGGGAUCUCUUGUUAACUAUGCCAGGGUGAGAGGACAGUGGGACUUCUUCUCCAAAGAAAAAUUGCUGGUUCUCAUCUGCUGUUUAGAAGAUUCAACAAACGAGAUUCGGGAACUUUCAGCAGGACUGUUGGUGAGAUUUUUCCCUCCCAUGCUACCUGUCGAUGUUGCUGAGGCUCUGCUUAUUCGGACGAAGCAGCUACUGCGCAGUCCUCGGGUCCAGCAGGCCCAGAUGGCAGCUCUAAUGAUGAAGGUUCUUCAUCACAAACUGCAAGGCCUUCCUGAUAGCAGAGCAAAUAGUGACAUCAGUGUCAGUGGCGUUCAUGAUAAAAAGGCUUCCAGCUUUAUAAAUUUCCUUGUGAAGGAGCUUGAGUGUCACUACCUCACAGCCAAGACCGAUGUGAUGCUCGCUGCCAGAACUAAGCCAAUGCAUGGUGUUCUGAGUGCCUUACAGAAAUGUUUGCUAGAAGACACAUGGAACAUCUUUGAUUCACUUGCUCCUGCACUGACCAUUGACUUACUGAGCCUUCUGAAGAACAUCUCACUGUUGCUGCUUGGUGUUUUGCACGGACACCAGGAUACAGAAAGUGAUGCUCCCCCUUCUUUUUGUGAUAUGGGGAAUGCCAUCAGCUCUCUGAUAGCGCACUCAUCUGAAGGAAAUCUAGAAGAUGGAGAAGACGAGUGUGUCUUGUUGUCUCAAGAGCACAGCCUUGUUCUCACUUGCUGCUGGGUGUCACUCAAGGAAACCGGGAUCCUUUUAGGUUCUCUUGUGGAGCGAAUUCUAGCUGAAUCCAAGCCUGACAUGUGCUUUCUGAUGAAACAACAUCUAGAAAUGGCGGCAGAUAUUUUUCGAAAUAUUCUUCUGAAAUGCCGUCACUGGGGAGCAGUAGAAGGAUGUUGUAUGGGCUUCACCAAGUUCUGUUCAGCUCUACUCAGCAACCAUGAUCCCGGAAUUAGGAACAUUCCAUUUCGCAUGCUCCAGCAGGCUCUACUAGUUGUGACUUCUCCUAGUUGUACCUCAGUAACACGGCGGGCUGCGGGAUUGCCUAUGCUCAUCCUGUGUGUCUUGUCUGCAGAGGAGGCCAGUAAAGCACGGCCACUCUUAGCACAUAGCAUGCAAAUUUUACUGGACACUGCGAGAAUCCCUCUAGCUGAGAACUGGGACCAGACCCGGGACCUCCCUCAGGUGUGUGCAGUUCACACUCUGCAGGCUCUAGUGCGUGGAUCCGGCCUAGGUGUUGCCAUCCUUAAGUUUGCACCCACUGUCACCAUUUUGGCACUCACUCUGCUCAGUUCUCCCUGCUGGGCGAUGAGGAAUGCAGCCUUGCAGCUUUAUAGUUCUCUUUGCUCACGGAUGCUCGGUCAGAGGCCUAGCAGUGUGGGUGGGACUAAACAUGGCAUGUCCCCCAUUGCUUUCUUCCACCACUACUCCAAGCUCCAACCUUUCCUACUUACGGAGCUCCGAGAGGCAGCUUGUGACCUCCAGUGUCCACCUCAUGAAGCCAGACUCCCCCUUCACCCCUCACUAUACCCCAUUCUUACUCUUUUAUCACAACUGCAGCCCGGCAUCCAGGACUCAACAGACACUUUGGCAGAUUUCCUGUCUCCUUUACUCCAGCUCUCUGCCAGUCCUAUUUACUGCGUGAGAGUGAUGUCCUCCAAGGCUUUAGUCGCCAUGACUCCCCCUUCAGAGUACAUGAACAUCCUUAUCAAUUUGACGGCCGGGUUGCCCCGCACACCUCAGAGCUGCUGCCACAACGGGCUCCACGGGCAACUGCUGCACAUAAACGCUCUCCUGGACAGAGCUCUCGGCAAAGACUGUGGGCCUCCAGUAGAGCUUGAUUCCAUAGUGUGUGCUGUGGAGGCAUCAGUUUGGCUUUCCACAGAUGCUCAACGCUGCCCGCUGGUGAGGGCGGCAUAUGUUGCUGUGGUGGAUUCACUAAGGGGAUUUUGUUGCGAGACUUUUCUGUCAAAGCUCUUUGACAUUCUUAAAUGUGAGCUUCACAAGCCCCAACAUGGGCUUCAGGUUGGCUUGUCUUCCUUCCAUCAACAAGCCAUCCAGUUUGUCUGUGGCGAGCACAAGUGGGCGUCUGACAUCUUGGAAACUUUUAACGCUGCCAGCUAUGAUCUGAGGCUGACAUUGGUCACAUGGGUGGUGGAGAACCAUGCUUCACUGAACAAACACCUGGAAGAAUUAAUCCAGGGUAUGCUACAGUGUAGUCUGAGGAAGGCUCUGUUGAGCCCCAUUAAGGAGUACCGUAGGGCCCACCUUGCAGCCUUGAUAGAAGUGAUGGCCAGAGGAGAUUCUCUUGCUGCACCCUUCCCACUUGAGGAGUCUGCUCUGCGAGAUUGUCUGGAUUUAUUAUUGAAGGACCUAGAAAAUAAAAGGGGCGGGUCAGAGUUCUUGUCCCAGGCUCUUCAUGGUGCAAGCCUCCUGCUUCCCCAAUGCAAAAGUCUUCAGAAUUCUGUAAUCCAACGCUGGUGUGAUGUCUUGGAAUAUUUCCGAUCCCCUGAUGCUGCUGAAGUUGUGAGAAUAGCUUGUGCUGAAGCUCUGUGCGUGGCUGGUCUUCCGCUAAUGAGCCAUGGCCUUAUUCCCCCAGCUGUCAUGAUAAAGUUGCUGAGGACAUGCUUGGACUUGCUGCAGGACCAAAGCCAAUUGGUGAGGACCAAAGCAGCCAGCUUUAUCUCGAUGCUUCAUCACGCCAGAGGAAGAGCACAGAGGAGUGUCUACCUCACGCAGGUCAACCUGGCUGUACCGCUCUUGCUGGAUUUGUUACUGGAGGAGUGUUGGGACACACCGAAAACUUUGGAAGUCCUCCUGUGUCAUGUGCCCCACUCUGACCUCAGAUCUGUGCUGAGAGAAGUCAUGGACAGCGGGUGCGGAAGCCUCUAUGAGCAAGACGAUGCGAAUGUGUUUGCUGAGCCAUCCGUGAUGUGUUUACAUGUUUUGCCUUACCUGCUGCUCAUGGCUGAAAAGUCCGCGGAAUCUUCAGUGAUGGCACAGAGCCUCAGUACGUGGGCGGAAGAGAAUGUAACUCUGUUGCUGGACAACCUUACACUCUGUAAAGACCUUCAACCAGCUAAGAAGCUGACGCUCCUCACAGAUCCCCAGUUUCACAGCACCAUUUGCGGCCUGCUAACAAGAGCUACUUUCCUUCUCCACUUGUGCAAAACUUGUGAGCAUGUGCAACACCUUUGUGAUCCUUCAGCCCUACAGGUGACUUUAAAGGAUGUUUUUAGUCAUCUAAGUCAACAAGGUGUCCGUGUGAACUCUGCUCUCACAUCUUAUUUGUCUGGAGACAUUACACAUGGACUCUUAAUAAUAAGCAAAGAUAGCUGAUGAAAUUACAUCUGGAUGUUUGACCUUGGCCUAAAUGAAUGAACAGUGAACCCACUAAUGCUACUGUCGUCCAUGUUUACAAUGAAUGGACUACAGUAUAUGAAGAUGGAAGCAGAGGAAACCACUGAUGUUUAACUCAACAAUUGUUCUUCUUCCCUCUCAGACAUGACGUUUUAACAAACUUUACUUGGCACCAAUUUCCUGGCUAUUUUGGCUAGGCCUUAGCGAACAAUUGUGUCGCAAAGAACACACAAAAAAAACAUAAGUGCCGUUUUAAAGCUGUUUACACAGAAAGAUAUGUCAGAAUGUUAAUUACUGAGGAAAACCAUGGCUAUUAGUGACAUUGGACAUACUGUAUUGUCUUUUGGGUCUUUUGGUCUAUGCGGUGGUAAGCUAAAUUUAGCUAGCUCGCACAAAUCUUAGUGGAGCACCAGAUGAAGAAAACAAGGAUGUCCGUACACUUUUAUGUGCUUUUACUAAUUGCCAAUUUCCCCAAAUAAAAGUAAAUAUUUUCAAUUAAUAUGUAGUUUGAAAUUAUAUAAUGGGUUGAAUGAUAACACUAAUUUUCUAUACUACACACUUUGCUAUAGUCCCAAGCACCAAUGUGUAUAUUUUUCGUUGUUGCACAAGUAAACGGCAACUUUUCCUACUUUAAGGAGUAGGAGGCAUUAUAAUAGCCAUGUAAAGAGUUGUAAUAGUUUCGGUGAGAAAGUGAAUAGUUUUUGCUGUUAUUCGUGAACUACAUUUCCACUCAAACACAUAUCGAAGUACCAUUUAGCUUAGCAAAGAGGGGUAUGAGAGUCAUUUUUCGCUAAACUUUAAAAAAGCACAUUUGUAAAGGUUUCAUUGGCCGUGAUUUGCGUGUAUCCGUCUGCCGAAACAGCCUAAUAGUACAGAUAUAAGUACGCCUGCCCCUCUGCUAUUGGAUGCUUUGUUGAGGUCUGCGUGGCGGUGCUCUGAAAAUAGAGCAAGUCUUGAAGUCUGAGGUUCCCUUUAAAGGUAUGUUUGGCCCAAUAUGAUAAGACAUUGUUUCAUCAAUUUGCUAAUUUUGAUGAUGAGAUUCUGAUGAAGGCACCAAAGGUACUUUACAGUGACGUCGACCCCGUUUCUUGAAUUCUUCAGUGCAAUGAACUACAAAGAAUUGUGUUGUUUUCAUAAACAUGCAAAACUUAGAAUUUAUACAGCAUACAGUCGUAUGAAAAAGUAUCUGAACCAUUUGGAAUUUCUCACAUUUCUGCAUAAAAUCACCAUCAAAUCUGAUCUGAUCUUUGCAAAAAUCACACAGAUGAAAAAACAGUGCUUUAACUAAAACCACCCAAACAUUGAUAGGUUUUCAAAUUUUAAUGAGGAUAGCAUGCAAACAAUGACAGAAGGGGGGGAAAUAGUUAAGUGAACCAUCACAUUUAAUAUUUUGUGCCCCCCCCUGGGGCAGCAAUAACUUUGUAGAUGCAGAUCCGUUUGGUAAAUCGAUGAAAACAUCCAUUCUUCUCUACAAAACUGCUGGAGUUCAGUCAGAUUCCUGGGAUGUCUGGCAUGAAUCACAGUCUUUAGGUCAUGCCACAGAAUCUCAAUGGUGUUCAAGUUUGGACUUUGGCUUGCCCACUCCAGAACAUGUAUUUUGUUUUUCUGAAAACAUUCUGAAGUUGAUUUACUUCUGUGUUUUGGAUCAUUGUCUUGUUGCAGUAUCCAUCCUCAUUUUAGCUUCAACUGCCUGACAGACAGCCUUAGGUUUUCCUGCAAAACAUCCUGCAAAGCCUUUGAAUUCAUUUUUCCAUUAUUGAUUGCAAGUUGUCCAGGCCCUGAGGUAGCAAAACAGCUCCAAAUCAUGAUGCUCUCUCCACCAUACUUCACAGUGGGGAUGAUGUGUUGAUGUUGCUGAGAUGUUCCAUUUUUCCUCCACCAAUGAUGUUGUUUGUUACUGCCAGACAGUUCGACUUUGGUCUAAUUAGUCCACAAAAAUAUUUUGCCAAAAACGUUGAAUGAGCAACAGUGGGUUUUUGUUUUUUUGUUUAGACAGCAAUGGCUUCCUCUGUGGUGUCAUCCCAUGAACACCUUCUUGGCCAUAGUUUUACAUAAAGUUGAUGUGUGCACAUAGAUAUUGGACUGUGCCAGUGAUUUCUGUGAGUCUUCAGCAGUCACUCUAGGGUUCUUUUUUUUUUUUUUACCUGUCUGUGUAUUCUGCGCUGAACUCUUUGCCUAAUCUUUGGUGGACGCCCACUCCUUGGGAUAGAAGCAACAGUGCUAAACUCUCCAUUGUAAACUUCUCUGACUGUCAAUUGAUGAACAUCCAAACUUUUAGAGAUGGUAUUGUAUCCUUUCCAGCUUUAUACAAAUCAACAAUCCUUGAUCGCAGGUCUUCAUCCAGCUCUUUUGACUGAACCAUGAUGCACAUCAGACAAUGCGUCUCAUCAAGACAAUUCUUACCAGGUGUGUGUUUUAUAGUGGGCAGGGCAGCUUUAAAACACUCAUCAUUGAUUAGGCACACACCUGACUUACAUUGUUUGGUAAAAAAUGGUUUCAAAUGCUCUUUAAGUCCAUUUAGGAAUAGGGUUCGAUUACUUAUUUUCUCCCCUUCUGUCAUUGUUUGCAUGCUAUCCUCAUUAAAAUAUGACAACCUAUAAAUGUUUGGGUGGUUUUAGUUAACGCAGACAGUUUUUUUCAUUUGUGUGGUUUUGACAAAGAUCAGAUCACAUUUGAUCAUUUUGUUAAGAAAUGUGAGAAAUUCCAAAAGUUUCUGAUUAGAGAUGAUGCCGAUCGAUCGGGUCCGAUCACGUUAUUUUCAAAGUAUCUGAAUCGGCAAAAAAAUAUCGGCCAUGCCUUUUUUUAAUACGUUUUCUAAUUGUAUUUAAAGUUACAGACAUAAUAUGUUACACUCAUGCAGAGUCUUUAAGCUUAAGAUGAGGUUAUCAAAAUAUCCCAAUCACGGCGGCAUUUAAUUUAUUGAAAAAAUGUGUCAUGGUUAAAUAUUUAACGCAAUUAAUGUAUGCGCUGCACGACCCUCUCACUCAUUGUCGCGCUCAAAGUGUAGUGACGCUGUUUUACCUAUAUAGAGAGAUAAAAGGCAGCACAAAAUGAGUAGAGUGAUGUUUGACAGGCUUUGGAGCCUUUUUUUCAAUUGGCUAAAGCCUUGCAAUCCCUCUCCCUAUGAUUAGAAAUAUAAUGGGAAGCAAUUUGGAGAAGGAAGGUGGCAAUUGUUCUUUGUCUUAACACCUUAAAUUAUUUCCCAAAGCAGAGAAGAUAUAUCCAUUGAUAGCAUGAUGCACAGUCAUGGUUCCACUUCCCAUCAUGCAUUGGGGCAUGGCUGCAGUAUCAUUUACUGAAAGCUCAACAAAUACACUAGAUUGCAAUAUUUAGUCACAAUAUACAAAGUCACAAGUCUUUCUAUCCGUGGAUCCCUCUCACAGAAAGAAUGUUAACUCAUUUGCUCCCGGAAACGUAUAAAUACGUUCUAUUUUUAAAUGCUUCACUGUCCCAAAAACGUAUUUAUACGUCUUUUGCGGGGUUUUUUUUAAUAAAAAGCAUAUACAGUGCCUUGCAAAAGUAUUCGGCCCCCUUAAUCUUGCAAGCUUUCCCCACA